AUGACUACAGUCCUUUUCCCAUUUGCAGCAGCUAUAUUCCGGAUUAUGUUCACAGAAGUGGAAGCACAGAUCUACGAAUGCCUUAACGGUGGAGCUGGACCUUGCGUGAAUGGAGCCUGCAUGAACGCCACAUUACAGUGCAUUAACACCGCCACCGGUCAGGUUUGCUGUGAAGUGUCCCAAAUUCGCAUUGUUUCUACUGGCACAGCUGUAACUACUAGCGCUUGUGUCGAUCUUGUGAACCCACGCACCGGCAGGUCGGACUGUCCGUACACGACGCAACUAUGUGGCGACCCUAGGUAUCGCCAAGUAAUGCAAGUACAGUGUCCAAGAUCAUGUGGAUUCUGUGCAAUUGGAGGAUCGACAUUUGCACCUCCGGCAGUGGGAGGAGGUAUGUCGUUCGGGUAG